UGGCACAAGCCAUAGCAAAAGACAUCGCGAAUAUUCCAACAACAUAAUCGCUGUAACAAUAUAAGCUCAAAGCCAAGUAUGCGGUGAGCAUAUAACAAGUGCACUUUAUCGUGAAAUCAUACGCAGAUAUGGGCUCCCAAGAGUAUAAUUUUAUUUUUAUUGCCUUCAUUUUAUCUCUAAUUCAUGAAGUGGUAGCAGAUUUUGCAAGUAAAUGUCCUUUUACGAUCUAUCAGGAAUAUGAGACAAAACCGAACAUAUAUGUGUCCUCAUCUGCUGCAGCUGCUUUUGCCGAGAUGGACGUAAGGAAUACUGCAAGAGUUAGGCAUAAUGAUGUCAGUCACUUAACUAGUGCCAUUGUACCUAGUUUGAAUGAACUACUAUUCAGCUCUGAAAAGUCUGACAAAUUUCAGUGCACUUCACCGCGUUCAAACUGCGCGAGUGAUUCGAAAAACUUUUAUUAUCGAACCUAUGAUGGGUCAUGCAAUAAUUUUCAAAAUCCCGACUAUGGAAUGGCAAAAUCUAGGUAUACUCGAAUGAUGCCACCGAAAUAUAGUGAUGGUGUUUACUCUCCAACAAUCUCAAUCACUGGGGCACCAUUACCAAAUAGCCGUCUAUUAUCAUUGUCCUUAUACGGAGAAACUACCUUGCCGGAUGAUUUUCGAACGAUGGCGUUUUUGCAGUGGGGUCAAUUGGUGGCUCACGACAUGACACAUUUUGUUAAAGGAAACACCAGUGACGACUGUUGCUCUCGUCCUGAAAGUUUAUUCUGCUAUCCAAUUAUUCUUCACCCGCUCGGACCAAUUUCGCAGAGUUCUUCGAAGGGGUGUUUAAAUUUCGCCAGAAGUACUUCUGAUUGCGAUGCGGUAUGUCCCGCUAGUGGUUUGCCAUAUUCAGAGAAAAUAACAAUGACCUCAGCAUAUCUGGAUUUGUCGUUUGUUUAUGGCAACUCCGUAAGGCAAAACAGAAAAUUUCGUGUAUUUAAAAGUGGCCUACUAAAAACAAGUUUAGUGAAUAACCGUGACUGGCUGCCAUUAUCCACCAAUCCUGAAACUGAUUGUGGAGAAGGAAAUUAUCAAUGUUACGAUAUACCAGAUAUCCGUAACCAAUUCAUCCCAACAGUUGCAGUGUUGCAUACCAUCCUUGUGCGCGAACAUAACCGAAUUGCGAGAAAACUUGAACAAUUUAACCCCCAUUACUCGGAUGAGACACUUUUCCAAGAGGCAAGAAAAAUAAAUAUCGCUCAAUAUCAAAAGAUUACGUUUUAUGAUUGGUUGCCGCUUCUUAUUGGACCUUCGUAUGCUUAUAAUAAAGACCUAUUAUACCACAUUACGAAAUAUGAGUACUCAUAUGAUUACGAUCCAGCCGUUAAUGCCGCACCUUACGCAGAAUUCGCUGCAGCCGCUUUUCGUUACUCACACAAUCAAAUACCUGGAUGGUUUUCAUUAGUCUCUUCAAGACGAAAUUUCAAUCAAACAUUGCGGUUAAGUGAUCAUUUCGAGCGGCCUGAGAAUCUGAAUUUAAUGUGGGAUAAUGAUAACUUUGACUCCCUUAUUCGUGGCUUAUGUACACAACUACAGAAGCGUCCCGACAGUAACAUAGACAAAGAGAUAAAACACUUCUUUGAUCGUAAAAGCUUCGAAGUAUUUGGCGCUGAUUUGAAAGCAAUUGAUAUACAGCGUGGGCGAGACUAUGGAUUACCAUCUUAUAAUGACAUGCGAACCUAUUGCGGAUUACCACGUGCUUACGACUGGUCAGGAUUUUCCAAUGAAAUAUCACAAGAUAAAAUUAGGGUAAUGCAGGAGCUUUACGCAUCUCCCGACGAUGUAGAUUUAUCUAUUGGUGGCUCGCUGGAAGCACACGCACCGGAAUCUAUUUUAGGGCCUACGUUUCAAUGUAUAAUAGGACGACAAUUCCUCAAAGCUCGAGUGGGUGAUCAUUUCUUUUUUGAGCGGUACAAUCCAAUAAGUGGUUUUUCAAAAGCCCAAUUAGCUGAGAUCCGUAAAGCCAGUUUAUCGCAGUUAUUUUGCAACAAUGCCGACUUCUUACAGGAUAUUCAACCUAAUGCGUUUAUUUUUCCAAACAGAAGGAAUAUUUUGAGAAAUUGUAAAGAUUUUCCUCAGGUGGAUUUAUGGAAAUGGAGAGCACCUAUACAACAAGCGGUUUACUUAAAUAAAUAAUGAUAAACGUUACAUAUACGUACCUACAAAAAAUUUGUUAUAAUAAGGAAUGAAUAAUUUCUUGCAUUAAUUAUAUACGACUAACCUACAAUAUAAAUGAUACCCCAUUUUACAGGGUCCGGCACUCGAAGUGUAACCGAUUGAAAAGGCCAUACAUUUGCUUUGGAAAAUUACUUUUAUUCAAUUCAAAGUAAAAAAUGUGUGAAAAUAAUACAAAAUUAAGAAUCAAUUUACUUUUGCUCGAGAUGAUCACCUUUUGACUUAACUAUGACCUUUUGACUUAACCUUGAGACGGUCCAGAAACGAAUCACAACUACCCGAAUGUGACCUGCAGGUAUUUUGGCCCAUUCGCGGUUAAUGGCUUUUUUCAACGCCUCGAGACUGGUGAAUCUUUUAGUUCGGACCUUGCUCUCCACGGCUUCAAAGCAACCUCCACAAUACUUUCCCGAUAAUAUUUCGCAUUUACCUUGACGCCAGGCCAGGAUGAAAACGAUUGGAGAGCGCCCAUCUGCGGUUACAGCGGCCCAAAGCAAUACCUGUGUCGGGUGCUGCCUUCUGAUGGUCAUUCGAGGACUAAAAUUCUCGUAUGAACGGUCGGUCAAAUAAACUCUAUCAUUUUGGGAGUUUACGAAUUGUUCAAUUUGAAAAAUUUUCUCGUCAGAAAACAAAAUGUUCAGAAAUUGGCCGCUUUCGGCCAAGCGCAGCAACUUCUUCGCUCUCUCAAGUCUGACUUGUUGCUGCUUUGGUGUGAGAUCAUGCUCCUUUUAGGUCUUGUAAGACUUAACUGUGAGAUAAUUUUUCAGUAUGCGGCGGAUGCUACGAUCAGAUAUUUUCAGUUCUUUCGCCAUUUGAUUGGCACUUCGUCAGGGAUUUCGCUCAAGUCGUAUCUUCACUUUUUGAACCAUUUCGAAUGACGUUUUAGUCUUUUGAUGAUCACCUCCAUGACAUUUGCGGCUACCAGUAUCAUUGUAACGAGUAAUGGGGUGAUAAACAAAAACUUUAUUUACUUUAAGGUAAUCGAGCUCACGAACAAUCCCUGGUUGUGAUUUUCCAGCCAAAUACAAUGCAAUCACACUGUUACGUUUGAAAUCCAUUACUGAUUUUCUUUUAUCGCGUUUACUCUCGGCUUCCGCGUGCUUGUAAACAAUACUCUUGACUUUCAUUUAGACAACUUACAAACACAGCUAACAGAUUCCCGUUCAUCAGCUGCGCGAGCGGUCUGAAGUUUGUUGCACUUCGAGUGCCGGACCCUAUAUACUAUUUAGACUGAUAUAUUCUAGAAAUAUUGCUGGACAUAAGUCAAGUAUGAGUGGUUUUUCACAAGAAACCGUUUAUUAACAGAAUAUUUAGGAAAAAUAUCGAUUUAUCACAAACCAUAAAGCUAAUGGCUUGCUUAUACCAACACUUUGGAAAAUUACUGAUUCCGGGAUAAACCAUUCAUAUCAUGAGCAAACUACCGGAAAAGUGUCUCUAUCAAAAUUUUUAAUCCAUUUCUUAACAUGGCUUUAUCUUAACUUUCAAUUUUCAUUGUUUUUAAUAACUUCUGUUAUAUAAAUAAUUCACAAUUUAUAACCACAAAUAUGAAACUUCUAUUGAACUGUCAUAUUCUGUUACACCUCAUCUUGGCACAAGAAAAGAAUUACAAAUCCUACCAACAUGUCCCUCUAUGAACAAAAUAAAAUAAUUGAA